UACUUUGAGUUAUUAUGGUGAUUUUUUUCCGGUUCAAUCUGGCUGUUCUAGCGUAAGUGGAUAAGGAGUUUUGUGACAUGAAAACAAACACUGGCUUCAAAGCCCCCCUCCCCUCUAAAUAGCGUCAAGACCUCUUCGUUAUCUGACAUCUUCAUACCCGACUUGUUGUGUCGACGUGGCUUCAUACCUGGCGCCAUUCCGUCCGUCGGUGCCCGCAACAACUACGCACGACCGACGGAAUACAGCCGAAAAUGGGAGGGCAGGUUUCGCGAACCGAUUUCGAGUGGGUGUACACUGACGAGCCCCAUGCAACAAGAAGAAAGGAGAUCUUGGCCAAGCACCCAGAGAUAAAGGAACUGUUCGGCCAUGACCCUACGAUAGUAUACAAGGUGGUCUUCAUGAUCGCCUUACAGCUGAUAGCCUGCUACUUCGUACAGGAUGUAUCCUUGCCAAUGAUAAUCCUAUUGGCGUACUGUUUCGGUGGCGUCAUCAACGCCUCCAUGAUGACGGCUAUCCACGAGAUUUCACACAACCUGGCCUUCGGACACUCCCGGCCGCUUCACAACCGUAUCCUCGGGAUUGUGGGAAACGUCAUCAUUGCCGUACCCGUUUCCAUCACCUUCAAGAAGUAUCAUCUAGAGCAUCACAAGUACCAGGGACAUGAAAAGGUGGAUGUCGAUCUGCCAUUAAAGAUGGAGGGGGUUCUCUUCCGCACCAGCUUUACCAAGUUCAUCUGGCUCUUCCUGCAGCCAUUCUUCUAUGGCCUCCGCCCACUUUUCAUGCGACCAAAGCCUGUCUCCGGGCUGGAGAUCAUCAACACCACUGUACAAAUAACCUUUGAUGUGGCCAUUUGGUACUUCUUUGGAGUUAAUUCCCUAGCAUACCUGAUAAUCGGCAGCCUGCUCGCUUCUGGAGUCCAUCCCAUGGCAGGGCAUUUCAUCUCAGAUCACUACAUGUUCAAGAAAGGCUACGAGACGUAUUCCUACUACGGUCCACUGAACGCAAUCACCUUCAACGCUGGGUAUCACAACGAGCACCAUGACUUCCCCAACAUUCCUGGGUGUAGACUUCCUAAGGUACGUGAGAUCGCCCCCGAGUUCUAUGAAAACCUUCCUCACCACACAUCGUGGAUCCGCGUCCUGUACGACUUCGUCACGGACCCGAACAUCGGACCGUACGCCCGCGUCAAGCGCCGGGGGAAACCGUUCCCCACCAACCCUGCCGAGCUAGAUGGAGAUGGUGAUACCAAGGCAGACUGAAGUUCAUGCGAG